AUGGCUGAAGAUUUAAGCAAGGAACUUGUCCCUGAGGAAGUGCCUGGUUUCAAGGUUGGCCAGAAGAAAACUAUUGAAGAAUAUACCAAGUUGGAUGCCAAUGACGAAUCAUUGAACAAAUGGAAAAAAAGUCUGGGUCUUAACACGGGUAAGCCUUUGCCCGUUGCACCUGGGGAUAAAAGAACUGUUAUUGUCCUUUCCAUGGCUUUGAACAUAAAGGGUCAGGAUCCGGUAAUUAUUAAUUUAGAGAAAGAAGAUACGGAGUCUUUGAAAAAGAAAGAGAUCAAGUUUAAGAUUAAGGAAAACUCGAUAUACAAUCUAGUGAUCCGGUUUAAAAUACAGCAUGACAUCAUUACUGGUCUUCGCUACCUUCAAGGUGUGAAGAAGGCAGGUAUUACCGUUGAUCGUAUGGAUGAGCCUCUAGGGUCAUAUGCACCAAACACAGAGGAUAAACCAUAUUAUGAGAAAAAAUUCCCUGAUGUUGAGGCACCUUCUGGAUUUUUGGCCAGGGGAUCUUAUAAGGCUUUGUCCAAGUUUAUCGACGACGAUAAAACAACACACCUGGCUCUUCCAUGGAGCUUCCAAAUUACAAAAUAA